CCCGCCAGCUCGCCAUGGAGACGCGCGAUGGGGAGGGGGCCGGGCACGUCGGGAGCGGCCGUGAGGCGCGGACCCCAAGCCCCGGGCCCGCGCGCGGGAGGCGGGGACGGCGCGCCAGGCUCCAGGCCCGGGCACGGACGCGCGCGGCGCCCCCGGCCGCCGAGACAAAGAGCCCCGCCCCGCGCGCAGGCGGCCGAGCCCCCCGGCCCCCGCGUCCGGCUCUGUGCGCCCUGCACCGCGCCAGGUGAGGGGCCGCGGGCACUCGGCGCUCGCGCGAGCUGCAGCCUGAGGCCGCGCUGCAGCCACGGCCUGCGACGCCCGCGGCACCAUGCUCCCCGCCAAGGCCAGCAGGACCCCGAAGGACAGCAUGACGCUGCUGCCUUGUUUCUACUUCGUGGAGCUGCCCAUCGUGGCGUCCUCCGUGGUGUCGCUGUACUUCCUGGAGCUGACGGACGUCUUCAAGCCGGCCAAGGUGGGCUUCCAGUGCUAUGACCGCUCGCUGUCCAUGCCCUACGUGGAGACCAGUGAGGAGCUUAUCCCCUUGCUCAUGCUGCUCAGCCUGGCCUUCGCCGCCCCCGCUGCCUCGGAUUUGAUAGGCUGA